AAGGAGCUAAUGUGGCAAUCAGGCUUUUGGGCACGGCAGGUUGAGGAAGGAAAAGAUUUCUUUUCAAGAUGGAUCCAAGGACUUUCUUGUACUUCAGAGACUCCUCACCAGAACCACAAUUACAGGUAUAAGGAAAUGCUAGAUCUAGUGAUAUCACCCAGUCUGACUGUAAAUAGAGAGUGCCCUGACAGACUGAAGCUUAACCUUUCUCACAUUUAUGCCACGGCUCCAGAUGACAUAGAAGGUAAGUCAAAGCAAACUUUUCAUAGUGAGUUUGAAGGUGACUCAGGCAGCAGCAAAGCAGCACCGCAGUGUCCUCUCCAUCUGUACACCACAAAACAUUAUCCCCAUAUAGUGACAGUCCCGUCCUUCCCCACGAUGGCAGCCUAUGGGCAGGCUCAGUACAGCACGGGAAUCCAGCAGGCUGCUGCCUACACUGCCUAUCCCCCCCCGGGGCAGCCCUACGGAAUCCCCUCCUACAGCAUUAAGACAGAGGACAGCCUGAGCCACUCUCCAGGGCAGAGUGGCUUCCUCAGCUACGGCUCCGGCUUCAGCGCGCCCGCGGCGGGGCAGGCGCCCUACACCUACCAGAUGCACGGCACAACAGGGAUUUACCAGGGAGCCAAUGGCCUGACAAAUUCUGCAGGAUUCAGUGCUGUGCAUCAGGAAUAUUCCUCGUAUCCCAGCUUCCCUCAGAGCCAGUACUCUCAGUAUUACAGCUCGUCCUACAACUCCCCGUACGUGUCUGCCAACAGCAUCAGCCCCUCGGCCAUCCCCACCUCCACCUACUCCCUGCAGGAGUCUUCCCACAACAUCACCAGCCAGAGCUCAGAAUCACUCUCUGCAGGGGAAUAUUCAACAACACCAGCAAAAGAUGUAGAGACAGACAGACAUCACAGAGGGUCAGAUGGCAAGGUACGAGCCCGGUCAAAAAGAAGCAACGAUCCUUCCCCUACUGCUGACAGUGAGAUUGAGCGUGUGUUUGUAUGGGAUUUGGAUGAGACGAUAAUUAUUUUUCACUCCUUACUCACGGGAACCUUUGCAUCCAGAUAUGGGAAGGACACCACAACGUCUGUGAGGAUAGGUCUCAUGAUGGAAGAGAUGAUCUUCAACCUUGCAGACACACAUCUGUUCUUCAAUGACCUGGAGGACUGUGACCAGAUCCACAUAGAUGAUGUAUCAUCAGAUGACAAUGGUCAGGAUCUAAGCACGUACAACUUCUCUGCAGAUGGCUUCCACAGCUCCACUGCCAGUGCCAACCUGUGCCUGGGCUCGGGCGUUCACGGCGGCGUGGACUGGAUGAGGAAGCUGGCGUUCCGCUACCGCCGGGUCAAAGAGAUGUACAACACCUACAAAAACAACGUGGGGGGUUUAAUAGGAGCUCCUAAGAGGGAGACCUGGCUGCAGCUGAGAGCAGAGCUGGAGGCACUGACUGAUCUCUGGCUCACCCAUGCUCUGAAGGCUCUGAAUCUGAUACAUUCCCGGCCCAACUGUGUGAAUGUGUUGGUCACCACAACUCAGCUUAUACCAGCUCUGGCUAAAGUGCUUCUCUAUGGGCUGGGCACUGUCUUCCCCAUUGAAAACAUUUACAGUGCAACAAAAACAGGGAAAGAGAGCUGCUUUGAAAGGAUAAUGCAGAGGUUUGGAAGGAAAGCCGUGUACAUUGUAAUAGGAGAUGGUGUUGAAGAGGAACAGGGAGCAAAAAAGCACAACAUGCCCUUCUGGAGAAUCUCCUGUCACGCUGACCUGGAAGCUCUUCGGCACGCCUUGGAACUUGAAUAUUUGUAGCAGAGCCCAACAUCUCAGCACUGGGAGGGCUUCACUCAGACUCUUACAUCGGUUCCAGCUAUUCCUCAACUUUUUCUUAGUAAAAAAAAAUCCCACAGCAACUGCAGUUUUUCUUUUUUUUGAAGAAGAACCCUUUCAGUGGAAGCCUUUAAGAACUUGCAGCCAAAGAAUAUUGUCUCAAGUCCUCCUUCCUUUGGACAGAGGAAGAUCCUCCUGAUCAGUCACUGGGAUGCUGCAGUUGCUGGCUGAGCUGGAAGCACAGAGCUCUGCUGGCCUUUCUGCCAUCAGCAAGGCAAAUGCUACAAAUCUGGGUCUCCCUGCCAGCGUUCUUGGUUUUCAGAGGGGAAGAGGACACAGCAAGGAGUCUCUGCACAAUCCAUCACAUCACACAGGACCUUCUGAAAAUAGGAGUGAAACUGUUGAUUUUUUUUUUUGGUUGUUUUGUUUCUUUUUUUAUUUUGUAUUUUUUUAAUUUAUGAACUAAUCUCAUUACUCUGGUAUUAAGCUCUGUACCUGUUUUUCAUCUGGCUUUUGGGGGUUGGGAGGGGUGGAGAAAGUCUUACUGUUCUAAAUUAAUAGUUCAUUUCUCCAGAACAAACUCUGGGGAGAAUCAUAUUGUGUACAUGAGUAGUAAGGACACAUGGUACUGCUGGUAAGAGCUGUGGCUGUGGUUUUGAACCUCACCAAGAAGGUAUGGACUGUGCCUUAUGCUGCCUUCUUGGGGCUGAGGAGGGGGAAAAGUACCUUGUGAUGAGUGAAAGGCAUUAAAUAAAAACAUGUUUACAUUU